AUGGAGGAUAGCAAGCAGACAUUAGAGGGGAAGGUUUUUUUACCUUCACAGAAGCCCGCGUCCGCUGUUGGGGCAGGCAAAUUGCUGAAAGCAGAUCCCAUCGCUGAGAACUUUAGAGCUGACAUUCAGCAGAGCAUUUCGGAAUUCAUAUCCCGGGACGGAAGGCAUCCCAAGCUCGUCGGCAUUUUAGCCACUCAAUCUAAGCCUUCGGAGAUGUAUGCGGAAUUCACACGAAAGACAUGUGUGGCUUUGGGUGUCGAUUUCGCGCUGAAGCGCGUGGGGAUUGCUGCUAGCUCCGCCGAGGGCUCUGAAAAUGGGUCUUCGGAAGGUCUCGGAGGGGUAGAGGAAACUAUCGUUGAGGCUAACUUGGACAAUACCAUCAGUGGAAUCAUGGUAUAUUACCCCAUCUUUGGUGGCUUGCAAGAUCAUUACCUGCAGCAAGUAGUAUCCCCUGCCAAAGACGUCGAAGGUUUAAAUGUGAAAUUCCACUACAACCUUUACCACAACAUCCGGUUCAUUUCUCCCCGCUCCUUGCUCUCUGCAGCAACUGUCACAGCGGCGCUGGACGAAGAAUCUCCCCAGAAUCUGAAAGAAGAUAAUCUUCCAAAAUGGAUCGUCAAAUCAAUUCUCCCGUGCACAUCUUUAGCUAUCGUCAAAUGCCUCGAGUACGUUGGCGUGUACAACAAACUGCUGGAUUAUGGAGAUCGUGCAUAUGGACGGACUGUUACUGUCAUCAAUCGGUCAGAAGUCGUCGGAAGACCGCUCGCAGCACUCCUCUCCAAUGACGGUGCCCGCGUGUUCUCUAUUGACAUCGACUCGAUACAGGAGUACAACAAGCGCCCACCCCCAGUUGCACAACCUGUUACUUCAUUUGAACAACAGAAACCACUAUCUCAGUACUACAAACGACAUGUUGUCCAUCCAUCGAACAUGACACUGGAGGAAUGCCUUGCUUUAUCGGAUGUUGUUGUAUCCGCUGUACCCAGUGACACGUAUAAAGUGAAGACGGAAGCACUCAAGCAUGGAUGUAUUUGUGUCAAUGUCUCGAGCGAGAAGAACUUCGAGAGUAACGUCAGGGAUAAGGCGUCGCUAUACAUCCCUGCUGUCGGAAAGGUCACCAUUCUGAUGCUACUGAGGAACUUGUGA